AUGGCCGAAGAGACUCAACCAAAGAACAACAAGCGAUUCAGAAAAGAUAAACCUUGGGAUACCGACGAUAUUGAUCACUGGAAGAUUGAGGAAUUCAAGCCUGAGCAUCUUGAACAACCAUUCACCGAAGAAUCUUCUUUUGCAACCCUUUUCCCCAAAUACAGAGAAGCCUACUUGAAGGAGACAUGGCCUCUGGUUACUGCAGCACUUGAGAAAUAUGGUAUCGCUUGUGUAUUGGAUUUAGUCGAAGGUAGUAUGACCGUCAAAACUACUAGAAAGUCAUACGAUCCCUAUUCAAUUCUGAAAGCAAGAGAUCUUAUCAAAUUGUUGGCAAGAAGUGUGCCUUUCCCUCAAGCAGUGAAAGUGAUGGAGGAUGGCAUUGCUUGUGAUAUUAUCAAGAUUGGCAACAUCACUCGUAACAAGGAGAGAUUUGUGAAGCGUAGACAAAGAUUGAUCGGUCCCAAUGGUUCGACAUUAAAAGCUAUCGAAUUAUUGACAAAAUGCUAUAUGAUGGUUCAAGGUAAUACAGUGUCUGCAAUGGGCCCAUACAAGGGUCUCAAGGAUCUUCGUCGUAUUGUGCUUGACUGUAUGAAGAACAUCCACCCUAUUUAUCACAUCAAGGAACUGAUGAUUAAGCGUGAAUUGGCAAAGGAUCCCAAAUUAGCCACAGAAUCAUGGGAUAGAUUUUUGCCUCACUUCAAGAAGAGAAAUGUCAAAUCAAAGAAGAAGGUGGUCGAGAAGCCAAAGAAGGAAUACACACCAUUCCCUCCUGUACAGACAAAGUCAAAGAUCGAUUUACAAUUGGAGAGUGGCGAGUACUUCCUGAACAAGCAAAAAGACAAGAAGAAGGAGAAAAAUUAG